GGCUGAGGAUGGCCGGACGGAGGGGCGCUCUCAUAGUCCUAGAGGGCGCAGACAGGGCUGGGAAGAGCACCCAGGCCCGGAGACUGGUGGAGGCGCUGAGAGACCAAGGCUACCAGGCGGAGGGCAUGCGCUUCCCAGAAAGAACAACCGAAAUUGGUCGUCUUGUUGGCUCUUACCUUGAGAAAAAAAGUAAUAUUGAAGAUCAUACUGUUCACCUGCUGUUCUCUGCCAACCGUUGGGAGCAUGUUCCUCUCAUGAAAGAAAAGCUGAGAAGCGGAGUCACUCUUGUUGUAGAUAGAUAUGCAUUUUCUGGCGUGGCAUUUACAAGUUCAAAAGAGAAUUUCUCCUUGCACUGGUGUAAGCAGCCUGAUGUUGGACUUCCAAAGCCAGAUCUUGUUGUCUUUCUAAACAUAACUCCUGAGGAGGCUUCUAAACGUGGGGAUUUUGGAAAUGAACGUUAUGAGACAAGCGCUUUCCAAAAAAAGGUGCAAAAACGCUAUGCUGAACUUAUGGAAGACAAAUCUCUUAACUGGAAGGUUAUUGAUGCUGCACAGAACCCAGAAGAUGUUCACAAUGCUAUAAAACGGCUAAGUGAAGAAACCGUGAUGGAAGCCAGGGAUCAACCAAUUGGGAAGCUGUGGAUCGAAGACUAAUGGGGAACAUGUGCUGAGAUUGAUUGCUUAGACACAAGACACUUAAGGGCACUUUAUUUGUAAAGAUAUUAACAGUUAUUGAAUGGCAUUAUCUUUACUUAAAUGCUAUCAAACUCUCUUAUAUACACACUUUACUGCCUGCUGUACAUUGAUUUUGUUUGGUUUUUAGAUGUAAUAACCAUGCUGACUCCAUUGUCAUUUUUUUAACCUUGAAUAUUUAUGUGCAAGCAAUGGUGUUGCUGUAUACUACUUGAUACAUGGGUCAAUCUAUAGUUACAUUCAGUGAUGCGAAGUUGAAUUCAUCAUAUGUAAAAAUUAUGUACGUACAUAGGGUAAAUGUUCUCAUAAAUAUUACAUUGCCUUAACUUGUUACAUUUGCAUAAUGACUGAUUUCAUUAUUUUAUCGUUCUGGUGUAUUUGCAUGGUAAAUUAAAGUCCAUAUGUUGCUACGCUUCAACCACAUGUACAGUACGUCCUGAAUAAAGAUUUUAUUGCAGCUGAAUUCUUUUCAAUUAAAUGAGUUCCAAUAAA